AUGGCAGAGGCCUUCCCGAGUGCUUUGGUUGUACCAUCCUCGAAAGAGAGGAAAUAUGAUCGCCAAUUGCGCUUGUGGGCAGCAAGUGGGCAGCAAGCUCUAGAAGAGUCCCGCGUGCUCCUGGUCAACUCCGACGAACCCUGGGGCAAGCAUAACACGGGUGUAUCCGGUGUAGUCGGCGUGGAAACGCUCAAGAACCUUGUACUUCCUGGAAUUGGAGGCUUCACGAUUGUGGACCCUGCACUUGUCACCGAGCCGGAUCUCGGGGUCAACUUCUUCUUGGAAGAAGAAAGCUUGGGGAAGUCCCGAGCUGAGGAGACCUGUCGAUUGCUACGAGAAUUAAACCCGGACGUAGAUGGGAGCUUCUAUACUAAGACUGAGCACAAGUCAAUCACAGAACUGUUGAAGGAGCCAGACUUUCUUCCGCAGCACAAGCUGGUCUUGGUAUCUGGACCGGUAAAACGCCCCUCUUUGGAGGCCAUUUGCAAGGCUGCUAAAGCAUUCGGCAUUCCAGUAAUUUACACACGCUCGGUUGGAUUCUAUUCGACCUUUUCUCUUCAGCUCCCGGCUGCAUUUCCUAUAGUAGAGACACAUCCAGAUCCUGAAAGCACACAGGAUCUCCGUCUCCUAAACCCGUGGCCUGAGUUGGCGGCGGCCGGUGCUAGCAUUCGCAACCUGGACAGCCUGGACGAUCACCAGCAUGGCCAUGUCCCGUACAUUCUGCUUCUUCUCCAUCAUUUAGAGCAGUGGAAAGAAGCGCACAAUGGCCAGGUCCCAUCGAACUACAAGGAGAAAUCUGAGUUCAGGGAAAUGGUGCGGUCUAGUGCAAGAACAAGUAACCCCGAAGGUGGAGAGGAGAACUAUGAUGAGGCUGUUGCUGCAGUUCUAAAGUCCUUGAACCCAUUCAGCUUGCGCAGUUCCCUUCGCGAGAUCUUCGAGAUGGAAGAAUGCAAGCACCCGGCGCCAGAUUCGGCCAACUUCUGGAUUAUCGCGGCGGCCAUACGUGAAUACUACCAGAGGCACAGUGUACUUCCUCUGCCGGGCUCUCUACCAGACAUGAAGGCUCAAUCAGCCGAUUAUGUUUCUCUUCAGAAUAUCUACAAGUCAAAGGCUCGCAAGGACAUAGAAGAAGUUACCAAGAUUGUCCGUAGCCUUGAAGCACAGCUUGGACCACGCCCGGCCCCAGCCUCGGACAAGGAUAUCGAGGUCUUCUGCAAGAACGCGGCUCACAUUAAGGUUAUCCAUGGCCGAGAUAUCCCCAUAGUGGAUGGGGAAGCAUCUAUUUUGAAGGCCAUUCGGAACAACAUCAAUAUUCCAGACUCCCUCGUGCCGACUUUCCUUGCAUUCCAGGUCCUGGAUGACAUAAUUACCGACAUCCAAGCGGGCAAGAAGUCAGAAGAGGCCUUGGAUGAUGAACAGGCGUGGGACUCUGCAAUCGAUCGCAUCCUUGGUGCGCUUAAAUCGGAAGAUCCAUCCGCUAUCGAGGAGGAAGAUGCAAGGGAACGAAUUCAACAAGCAGCCCAGGAGUUACGGAGGACGCAAGGCGGAGAACUGCACAACAUUUCCUCGCUCACCGGAGGACUAGUCGCACAGGAGGCGCUCAAAGUAAUUACCAGGCAGUACGUGCCCUUGGAUAAUACUUGCAUUUUUGACGGGGUACGCAGUCGCAGCGAGAUGUACAAGCUUUGA